AUGUCGCUCGCUCAGGCGUUCGCGCUCAAGGUCGAUCCGUCUGCGCCUUCGAAGGCAGAAGAGUUCCGUCAGGACCUCAACGUACGGCUAACUUGUCCAGACUGCGGCGACACGGGUCAAGUCAUCGAGGAGUUCAGCUCAGGGGACCUCGUCUGCGGGAACUGCGGUCUGGUGUUGGGAGACAAGGUUGUGGACACGCGGUCAGAAUGGCGAACGUUCGCCGACUCUGACGGCGACGACCCUUCGCGUGUCGGUGGUCCCGCCGACCCGCUCCUCGACAGCACCGAUCAGCUCAGCACCGUCAUCUCGUUCAAAGACAACAAUACGGGAGUCGCGCGAGCACUGCAGAUGGCCGCAAGCCGGGUAGCGAAAGAUGCGCAGGGCGGAAGCGGGCGAGACUUGCAGGGGGCGUUUCGCGAGAUUGCGACCAUGUGCGAGGCGAUCAGCUUGCCCAAGGCCAUCAUCGACACGAGCAAGAUGCUAUUCAAGCGCGUGGACGAGGAGAAGGCGCUGCGAGGGAAGAGCGAAGCGGCCAUCAUUGCGGCGUGCAUCUUUAUCGCUUGCCGGCAAGGACGGGUACCACGGACUUUCAAGGAGAUCGUCGCGCUGACGAACGUCUCGAAGAAGGAGAUUGCCGGCGCUUUCAAGCAGAUCGACAAGCUCUUCGACACCUCUUCUCCUCACGGCGCCUCCUCGACCGACCUCGACUCGCUCAUCUCCCGAAUCUGCAACCACCUCGCCCUCCCCGUUCCCCUUCAACGAGCCUGCUCGCUCUGCGGUCAAAAGACGGUCGACGACGGCGUCCUUGCUGGACGCAACCCGAUCACGAUCGCGAGCUCGUGUAUCUUGUUCGUCUCGACGCUGUGGGGGAGGAGGGUUGACCCUAAGGAGAUUGCGAAGGUGGGAGGAGUGCAGGACUCGACGAUUCGGACGGGUUACAGGCUACUGUUGACGGUCAAGGAGCGCCUUGUCGAUUCGCGAUGGUUCGAUGCCUCUCGACCAGCAGAUCAGCGAGCCGACUGGGCGAACAUCACCAGUCGCUCCUCGUCCAGCGCGGCGGUUUCUGCGGUAGGUGAGGACGACGACUACGCUUGA